CGUACGAACAACACCACAUAAGAAAAGCAAACCCAAACAAACCAGGGAAUCCGGAGCGUUUCAGCAACGCAGGGCAAUCAUCGUGGCGAUUCGAGGCGACACGAAGAAGCAAGGGCCCGUUGCGGUUUCUUCGGCUAUACGGUGUCACCGAAGCUCGRGAGCGAACGAAGCGAACCGCGAUUGAUUCUGGCCGUCCCCGAGCGGUGCGUGCAGAAACGAAGCGAAACGAAAACCAACUGCGGGGGGGUCCGGCGGAUGCAUCGCCGGGGUCCCGGACUGCUUCCAACGCAACUCAGCGCAACACCUAGGCACUUCCCAAUACAGGACUGCGGCUCGUCGCGUUCGGAAUCGCGGCAGAGCACCAAAAGCACACUUACGGGAUGGGUUGCUCCGCGUCCAGGGACCUGGACGCCCAGAUGAAGGAGGAUUUCUUCGGCAUCACCAGCGGGGGGGUCGAGGCCGCGGCUUCCGGAAGCAGCAACWACAGCCCGGGCAACAGCAGCAAGCACGCGCCGAACCUCGACACCCAGCCGACCGCGAGCCCUUCGMCGAGCGAUCACUUCGAGAAACAAGCGACGUCAUCGGCRACCGCACCUGCAACCGCACCGGCAUCGCUGCCAACGUCAUCGGAAUCCUCCGGAACGAAACCAAAGCCCAAAGGCAAACCGAAGGCCGUCAACAACGUCUACGUCAACAAGCCCAAGAAAGAAAGGACGUCUUCGUCGAGCAGCAGUGGCAACAAAAUAUUCCAAACCCUUGUCACCUCGGACUCCUUCGUUCCGAACUUUUUGGACGAGGCYGUUCAGAAGGAGGGAACGAAGACCACCACCCCACCAGCACCAACACCCAAGCAAGCGGAAGCGCCKUCCUCCGCCACGGAGAAGGACACUCCCGCCGCCCCCACUUCCAGCGAAGACAUAGUGGGACCCCUGCCGUCGCAAGCAAUAAUGGCGGUUGCGAUUCCAAAGAAGACAAAGGAAAGCACCAAGAAGAGCAACGGCGCUAAGAACGAUGGGACUGCCGCCGAAUCCGAAUCCGCCUCCGAAGAAGCGAUUCCCAUUCCGCCUCCCCCACCGUWUGUGUCACUGGUAAACGACAGCAAUAYCCGGCAGAAYUCUGURGACGUCGUCUCUCCCAUCACGGCGCUGGACGACGACGACUUUUCCGUGGCACCGAGCCUGGACCUGGAAAAGCGRUCCAUCGUGACCGUGUCGAACAAGAGGACCAACAGCCAGUAUUCGUCGUACUCCGACGAGAAAACGGUCAUUACCAGCAUGGCGUUCGACGACAUCUACUCGAGGGGGAAAGAACUCGGGUUUGGUGCCUUUGCCAACGUAUUUGUGGCAACGCACAAGCCCACCGGCGCCACAUACGCGGUAAAAGAAGUCGAUCGCUCCAGCAUGAUCUGGAACGAGAAGGAUCACCUGAAACACGAAAUCGAGAACAUGUUCAAGGUUCGGGAGGGUCCAAACAUUGUUCAGCUCUACGAAGUAUAUUCCACCCACGAUCCCGACGAAGAGGAGGAGGAGGAGAGCAAGAAUCGARCCGCGGCCGAAUCCAAGAAGAAAAAAGGCCAGCGGARGAGGAGGAAACCAAACAUUUGCCACCUGGUCAUCGAACUCAUGGAGGGCGGAGAACUUUUCGACCGGAUCAUCGAAAAGCGCAACUUCUCGGAGCGAGAAGCCCGAGACUCGAUACGGUGUGUUCUGGAAGCCCUGAAAUACAUGCACGAAAGAAGGGUCGUCCACAGAGACCUCAAGCCGGAAAACCUUUUGCUGAAAUCGAGGGACAAGUCCAAGCUGACACCGGUMAAGCUGGCGGAUUUCGGGUUCGCAAAAUCCAUCGAAUCCAAGAACGGUUGCCGGUCUUUGUGCGGGACACCGGGCUACCURGCACCGGAGAUACUGGAACGCUUCCCUUCCUACGACGUCCAGUGCGACAUCUGGAGCGUCGGGGCCAUCUUGUUCCUCCUGCUGGGCGGUUACCUGCCCUUCGACGACGACAACGAGGAGCGCGUCUUUGACCGCACCCGGAACGCCGCCUACGACUUCCACCCCCGCUGCUGGGGCAGGGUUUCCUUCGGGGCCAAGGACCUCGUCUCGCGGUGCCUGACCAUCGAUCCGAGGAAACGGUUCACGGCCGAUGAAUGCCUGGCCCACAGCUGGAUGGUGGAGAGCGAGGACGCCAUGGAUGCACAGCUCGACGGGGUCGUCGACAAGCUCCAGGCGAAGCGAAAAAUGAGGGCGGCCGUGCAGACCGUAAGUGAAAUGCGUGCGUGUCUUCUUUCGCUUGUUUGCUGUGUGUCGAGGCAAACACCACCUUUGUUUUCACUGAAUCGGAUGCCACUGAGUGUCUCUCACAUUUGCUUCUCAUUGCCAAACAAUCGGUGGGGGGGAAAAUCUUCGCACGUUUGUUUUUCUAUCGACUGUCACCGAUACCAGUUAAUGGCUGCCGACCGUCUCAAGAGGCUCAACGAAGACUUUUCGACUUACCUGGAAAAGAAGCGACAGGAUUCGACGGUCUCGCACAUGUCAUACAUGACGACAGGAACCAGAUACGGCCACGCAAAAUUCAUAGCAGAUGCUCCCACUGGAAAGUCUUUCGAAACCUUUUAUGAUGUUGGAGAUUUGCUGGGAGAAGACGAUUACUGUUCCGUUCACCGGUGCACCCGCAAGCAGACCCAGUUGUGCUAUGACGUCAAACACGUCGAUUUGGAGCAGCUGGAGACCGACUUUCGAAAAACCGUCGAGGACGAGAUCGCGUCUCUCAAACUGUUGCGGGGGGGUCCGCACAUCAUACGUCUCCUGGAUGUCUUCGAGGAGAAGAAUAAUCCAGGACACAAGUAUUUGGUGUUUGAAGCAAUGAAGGGCGGGAAUCUCUUGACACGAAUCGUCGAAAAAGAGGUAUACACAGAACGAGAGGCCCGAGCCGUUUGCAAAACCGUCUUCACCGCAAUCGAUUACUGUCAUAGGAAAAAGGUAGCUCACAGAGACAUCAAGCCUCAAAAUGUCUUUUUGAACGAAGAGGGCGACGACACGAGCGUGAGGGUUGCAAACUUUGGCUUUGCGAAAAAGGUCACCCACGAAAACUGCCUUCAGACGCUGUGCGGAACAGCAAACUACGUCGCUCCBGAAAUCCUGGACCAGCGGGUGCAAGGCUACGACCUCACCUGCGACAUUUGGUCGCUGGGGGUUUUCACCUAUGUCCUCUUGGGGGGCUACCCUCCGUUCGAAGGUGUCCACCAAAACCUGGCUACCGAAAUCUUGUGCGGGCAGUACGAGUUCCACGAAGAAUAUUGGGACUCGAUUUCCGAUUCCGCAAAGCAAAUGAUCUCGUACAUGCUCGAGGUUGAUCCCAGGCAGCGCAUCACGGCCGCGGAAGCCCUAUCGUGCAAGUGGAUGGAAACAGAGGAAGAACGUCUGGUCCUCCGGGACCUGUCGCUGGCUCAGAGCUCCAUCCGGGACACCAUAGAGCCCGCCGCGAAGAUGAAGGCGGCCGUGAACGCAAUUCUUGCGCGGAACAAGUUCAUGUCGAUCGCCGGUAUGUUCCAGAACGACAACGCGUCUGGCGUCUCGGUUGCCACCCCGGUGCGGCAGCCAACCAUCAGCGAAAUCGAGGACGAACACUUCCACGAUUUGUUCUCGUGGGGAUCGCAGGUAAGUUGCAGGGCAGCCGGUGUAUGUCUCGCAGAGACKGCGUGCGCGGAUCUCGUUGUCGCGGUGCUCCGUGCCGUCACUCGAUUUGGGAGUUYUYGAAGCCACGGGAUCGAUGUCUUGCUCACGGACUGUGCUCAUUUUUUKUGUUUCAUUCUCAUAUAGAUCGGCGCGGGGUCGUUCUCUGUUGUGCACGAGGUUGCUAUGAAGAAGUCCGAUCAGGUUUAUGCCGCGAAGCGAAUCGACCGAAACAAUCUGCAUCCUAGCGAUGCUCUUGCGCUGCACGAUGAGAUUGCCGCCCUUCAAGAGGUAUCCAAUUGCGAACAAAUCGUCAGGCUGCACAAUGUAUUCGAUGAACCCGAUUACACGUACCUAGUACUAGAUUGCAUGAAGGGGGGAGAUUUGAUCGAUCGGAUCAUCGAGAAACACAACUACACGGAGUUCGAUGCCAAAGAGGUCAGUCGAAAGUUGCUCAUGGGCGUGGCCUACUGCCACAAAAAGAAGAUUGCGAACAGGAACCUAAAACCAGAAAACCUUCUCCUGAGUGCAAAUAGUGAUACCGACGUGAAGAUUAGCGACUUUGGGUACGCGAAAAAGGUCACCUUUCCGAACUCGCUGAGGACGCAGUGUGGAACAGAAGGAUACGUUGCGCCCGAAAUUCUAGAGCACCGGCCUGCAUAUGAUGUCAGCUGCGAUAUGUGGAGCUUGGGUGUGAUCAUGUACAUCAUGAUGGGAGGGUAUCGUCCCUUUCGAGGAGAGGGAGAAGAGGUCAUGAAGCAAAUUCGGUACGGGGAAUACAAGUUCCACAAGCGAUACUGGAACCACAUUUCCGACGACGCCAAAAAUCUCAUCACAAGGAUGCUGACUGUCGACCCGAUGAAGCGGAUCACGGCCGAAAAGGCCCUCCGCAACCGAUGGAUCCAGGCCGAUAGGAACUCUCUGCAGGGAGUGGAGUUGUCCAAAAACAUGCAAGACCUCAAGAACCUGCGAAAUGCAAAGCGAAAAAUCAAGGCAGCAACCGCUGCAAUCAUCGCCACGAAGAAGCUGCAGAGCAUAGGUGGCUUCCGUGCGUACCAAGACUUUUAAKAAGGAUUCAUUGUAGUCGCUGGAACAAUUCACAGCCUACUAGAACAACAAUAGAUCUAGAAUUUACAAGCCAGCCGGAGGCUGCCAUUUUUCGACACGAGAUUGACAAAAUAGCCAUCAUAAUCAAUAGUGCUGAUGAUAAGCUACCACAAAAGUACUGAUUUCUUUCCUAAACCUGAUCCAAAUGAGUAACUCAGAGCUAGUAGAGCAAGCUCCAUCUCUUGUGUGUUAUUAGUACUAAUAGUAAGUUUGCGUUACGAUGUGAUCAAGGUAACA